AACGAUUGAUUGCUAUUGGUUGUUAAAGUAGAUUUGUUAUAAGUGUAAACGUAGUAGAGAAACAAAUAAUGGAUGAAAAAUUGGUGAUGAUGAUGGUACAUGCAAGUAGUUCGGCUUGCAGGUGACUGACUGACUGACUGAGCGACGCCACAACUUCAUUCCUCUCCUCUCCCGACCCCUCUCUCAACGUCUCAUACUCGUGCACGCAGGAGAGUCACCUCUCGGCGUCUCCUGACUCGGACUUCCUGGAUUUUCCCCGAGGAAGCUGACGGUAUCUGUUGUGUUAGGAGAUAGUCGAGAGGUUUAAUACACAAACAAUCAUUUAAGUCUAAAAACGUGGUUGUUUUAUUUAAAGAGUUACAUUUAAUUAUCUCGAAUCUCCGGAUAAGAAACAAACCACAACCCCGCCAUCGGGGUUACGGCAAGCAGUUUAUUGGUUAUGGGACGUUGAGGGAGCUCUCCGGAGAGUGCGGAAUUCGUUGUGCGCCAUUUUGAAAAAUUUCCUCAACUAUUAUUUCCGUACGUGGUGGAGUGAAGUUCGUAUUAUACUAUUAUUGUGAAGAAAUAACGUGGCGUCCAACCUCCCCCGGACGCAGUCAGUCCGUGAGGGUAAGCCGGACAGCAGCAGUGGCCCCAUGGAAGGUACAUUGGAAGAUUCACCACUGGUCAAGGACCCAUCUAACGACAACUCUGAUGUAGCAAAAGAUGCUGUAAUUUUGAAUGGUGUCAAUGGCUCUUGUGAUGACAGUGAUAAACUUGAUAAUGACAUGGCACCAGACAGUAAAAUGGUGACCACUGAUAAUGCUUUAGAAGAGGAUGAUGAAGAGGAGGAAGAAGAUGUACCGGAUAAUGAAGAUAUACCACAUGAAAAAACUUUAAAUUCAUCACAAAAUAAAAAUUUAUGUGAUAAUGAUUCAAAAAAUUCAACUAAAGAACCAAUAUCAACAGAAGACUCUAAGAGUGCUGAAAGUGAUAAUAAAAAUGUUAGUGAAGUGUUAGACGACAAACGAGAGUGUAAAGAUAAUUUCUCUGAGUCUAUGGAUGUUGAUUAUCAAAAUAAUAAUUCUGACGUCGAAUGUCUUGACGAAAAUAUAACAGAUCUACAAAUGGAAGUUGACACUGAACCUGAUAAAAAUCAGGACGAUGAUAUUAAUGAUGAUGAUGAUGAUGAUGAAGACGAUGAUGAUGAUGAUGAUGAUGUGAAAGCCGUAUCAGAAAGUAGCGAUAUUCAACAUUUAAAUGAUAGCGUAGUGUCUAUAUCUAGUGCUGAAACAUCAGAUUUAAAAAUUUGUGAAGAAAAUGGUAGCUUGAGUAGUCCAGAGAUUGAAGAAAUUACAGAAAGUAAAAGCAAUGGCCAUAAUAUAUCUGAAGAACGUUUAUCAAAAGAACCAAAACAGAAAAAAGCUAGAAAACAGAUAGAUUUGAGCAAUAUAACUCCUAGACGUAGCUCAAGAAAUAUCAAACGUACUAGUUAUAUCGAAAAAGAACCUGAAGAAGUUGAAGUUGAUGGAUCAUCUGAUAUAGAAGAAAUUAAACCAGAAGAUCCAUUGGCUUGUGUCGAUAGUAAAGAUAAAGAGAAUUCAAAAUUAAAAUCACCUAUAAAAACAAGUAAAACGACAAUUGUUGUCAAUGAUACUAAACGUCUUGUUGAAAUCGCAGCUGGUAGUAAAGCAUCGAAAGGUGGUAAAAAAGAACCAACUUUAGUAAUUAUUGAUACUAACUCAAUCCUUUCAGGACGUGGAGGUGUGCCAAUAAAUAAUAGUAAAUCACAUCACUCAGUAUCAAGCUCAAGUGGCUUUUCAGUGAUGCCUGUAGGUUUAAAUGCUACUCAAACUAUUUACCCGAAUAUGCGGACUACAAUAACCCCUGUACCAAUGACUUCCAAAACUGCUCAGCUCAGUCCCAAAUUAUCUAGUAGCAUAACAGCAAUACCAACACCAGCCCCUGCUCCUCAGAUUUUGCCAACUCUCACUGAUGACAUGUUUGUUGUUGAAGCGCCGUCCUUCAUCGUUCCUUAUGUGUAUGAAAAGCCACCAUUGAAACCAUUAAAAGAAUUUGUCACAAAGUUAGAAAAAUGCAUUGAAGAAAUAGACAAAGAAGAGAAAUCUAUGAAAAAAGAUAAAAAAAAUCGCAAAAAUAAAGACGAUUCUUCAGAAUCUUCCAGAAAUGAUAGUGAAAGUGAAGGAAGUGUGAAAAGCAUGAAAAAAGAUGAUUAUGGAGAUUCGGUCGAUUUAGCUGAUAAACAAUUCGGAGGUGACGAUAAAGAUGAUAAAAAUAAAAUUUUAACCUAUUUUGAUUUACCUCUUGGAAAAUUUUUCAUGCAAAUUGGCGUAAAUCUCGUCCAAGAGUUUGUACAAACAGAUUUAUUGAGAACUCAAAAACGUAAGCAGGGUAAAGGUAGUACAUCUGCGGAAACGCAAAUGGCAAUAAACUCAUUGAUUAAAAAUUUAGAAUUUAGCAAAGAAAAUAAUGAACCAUUCCACUUAGAGAUGAAAAAAUGUGAGUUUUGUAAUUUUAAAACAGAAUCAGCAUUGGUAAUGCAGCAUCAUUUAGAAACACCACAUAUGCGAAAUUAUGUGUAUAAAUGUAACUUUUGUCCUUUGGAAGUUCGAAGUCCACAUGAUAUUCUUUUUCAUAUGGAAGCUGAACACAAUACACGUGGAAGACUUGAACGCGGUCCAGCUUUCCAUCAAUGUCCUAAUUGUCCAUUUGAAGACAAUCAAAAGGGUAAACUUACCCGACAUAUACUCGCAUGUACAAAGAAAUUUAGGCCUGAACGCAAUCUUGAACCUGCUACGGAUUGGGAACCACCUGCUAAAAUACCAAGGUUCAGUCGUGCUAGAAAUGUUGGUAGUGUUAAUUCUAACGCUCUUGCUAUGGCUAUGGGCUCUAAAGGACCUCAGCCAUUGUUACCAAAAUUACUUCCAACACCAAUCACUGGUCGCGGAAGAGGUAGACCACCAAUGCAACCAAGGUAUUCAGAUAUAAAGUCAUUGAGACCUGGCAGCACACCUGUUCGACAAGAUAAUGUACCAGGAAUGAUGUAUCGACCAACAUCUUCAGGACUUUUAGUACCUACAUCUUAUCAGUUUGGCAGUAACCAAAUAUUCCAGGUGGUGGGUGGUUCUGGGACUGUCACAUCAGCAUCGGGGGUGAGUAGCAGUAGCUGCGGCAGUUCCGGUCGACCCACACCCAUUGCCCUUGUAUCCAACGUAAUCGACUCUCAGUCUAGAUUGUCCUCAUUACAGAAUACAUCAAGUAGUUCGAAGAAUCCUGCAGCAAAAUUGUUAAGUCAGCCAAGUAUAUCCAUAACUCCAUUACCACGUACUACAAGUCAAGCCCCCAUCUUAGGCUCCGGUUCACCGUCAAAGCCUGGUGGAAAAAAUACAUUUGUUAUAUGUGAAAUUUGUGAUGGAUAUAUCAAGGAUCUAGAACAACUUCGCAAUCAUAUGCAAUGGAUUCAUAAAGUCAAAAUACAUCCAAAGAUGAUUUAUAAUAGACCUCCAUUAAACUGUCAAAAGUGUCAAUUCCGAUUCUUUACUGAUCAGGGAUUGGAGAGACAUUUACUUGGAUCGCAUGGACUCGUUACAUCAAGUAUGCAAGAAGCUGCAAAUAAAGGGAAAGACGCAGGCCGUUGUCCAGCUUGUGGCAGAGUCUAUCAAUGGAAAUUAUUGAAUCACGUCGCGCGAGAUCAUGGAAUGACACUAAAGCCCGCACAUUUAUCAUACAAAUGUACAGUAUGCACUGCCACGUUCGGGAUGUAUAAGCAAUUUGAAAAUCAUGUGUAUUCAGCACAUAGUGUGGUAGCUAAACGCGUAAUAGACAAGAAAAAUACACCAUCAUCACCAUCAUCGAGAUCUAAUGAUUCACUCUUAAAACCAUUGAAAAUUAAUGACGAAAUUACAAUUAUACCACAGCCAGCGAAAACGACAACAAGAUUAAAUAGUUCACAAGGAAGAAGCAAAUAGCAAUUGUCGACCGAGUGAUGUAUGUUUAUUUUGUUUCGAUGAAUGUCGCAUAAAACGUUCAAUGAUACUCCUUUUUCAUUUAUAAAAAAAAAAAAAAUUAAACAGGCGAAAAAUCUCAAAAAAUAAAAAAAAAAUAUUUCAAAAAAUAUUUUAAAAAAAACAAAAAAAAAAAUAAUUAAAUGAAACACGAAGUGAAAAUUCGUUCAUUGAACGUUAAUUUGUGCCCUGUAUAUGUGUGAGCAUAGAGUGAUGCUUAAAGCGCGCUAAUAUAUACGUGAACAAAUAAAAAAUAUAGAAAGGCAGAAAGAAAAGAGUCAUCCGCGAAUUUUUUGCGAAUAUAAAUAAUAAUAAAAUAAUAAUAUAGUAAUAAAAAUAAGAAUAAUAAUUAUGAUAAAAAUGAUGAAUAAGAUAAAUAACAAUGGUGAAAUUACAAAUACAGAAACACACACAUACUAGUUGACUGCGUAAUAAUAUUCCAUCGAUGAUUAUACCGAUAUAUUUAUUUAAGAAUUUUUAUUGUUGUUAUCGGACAUGCAUAAAAAUAAUAAUAGACUGUAAAAAUAAUAAGAAACAAACUAAGAACAAGAUACAAGGGUGGCCUUCAGUAAUAACUCCUUGGUUAAUCCUGAAGACGCGUAUUUCCCAAAUUGCCUAUAAAAUUGUAGUUUAUUAACAACCACAAACACGGUCUUUGUGCUUGAUUAAGUCGUGGAUUAUCACGGCUUGUCAAUAGAAUAGUCCUUUAUAUAUAUGAAUAUACAUAUAUAUUUUAUGAGGUUCGAAGAUUAGUUGACAAAUGUGUUGUGCUUCAAACCCUGAUCUCUUUGUGAAGUUUUUUUCAAAUCAGCUCUUGAUGAUUUUACGAUGAGUUUUUUUCAAUCAAAUCAUGAUGAUGUUUUUAUUUAUUUUCUUUAAUAUCAGAGAUAAAUUGAAAGAAUAUUAUGAAAGUAUUUUUUUAAUUCAUGAAAACUCUUCUUUUUCGUUGCAAAUUUGAAUACUUUUCUAAUUAUAAUUAAUGUAAACUUUUAAUGUUAAUGAAUUCCUUAAUAGUUUUUUUAAUGGUUAAUUAUUUUACUGAUAUAAAAAAGAACGUCGAAUAUUAUGAAUUUGUAGAUUUGUGUGUAUCAAAUAAUUUAUGAUAUAAACGAUCAUCAUCAUCAACGGGGUAAUCGGAACACUGUACAUUGUAUCUAUUUACUUACUUAUAAGUUGGAUUGCAUAAUCCUUCAAUGCAUUGUAAUAAAAACGAAAAAAUAUAUCCAGUUUUAUUUUUGCGCUCUUAAAGAAAAAUAAUAUAAGUUAAAGAACAAAUGUACAUUAACAUAGGGUCUAUAAUGAAAUCGAAAAAUUAUAUCAAUAAAAAACAAAUAAAUCGGUAAA